GCUUCCAGAGUCCAAGAUGAAAACAUUCAAAAUGGCGAAACGAGUCAGAAUUAUGAUAAUCAAUAAUUGAUACACCCAAAAUUAUAAUACUAAUCCUUACCUCGGCUUUCAGUCGCUUAGCGAAUGCACCUCGGCAUUUUUCCGCAUGAGGCCCAUGGUAAAACCACACUUCCAGGAGGGGCUGCCGUCUGCCUCCCAAGCCGGCCGAGAGCGCUCCUCGUCGGGCACAGCCAGGCGGGCGAAUGCCCUGGUUCGUCCGCCCUGUCUAAAAAAUAAUGGUACAACUCCGAGUGAAGGUAAAUUUGGCUUGGCAAUUAAUUUCGUUCAGUACCUGAGUAUUAAAGUUGAAAGAAUCCUCUGUGAAAUGGUCCGAACACAGUUUGUGGGAAACAGUAGGUGCAAAGUUUUUUCUACGGCAGUAGUGAGCCCACACUUUCCUCAGCUUCGGGUCCUUGGGGAAUGCAAAAAAACUUACUCCAGGGCAUUUCCCAUUGGAAUUAUUGCAACCAUAAGCAGCACAAUACACCAUGAUGUCCAAUGUACUUUAAAGACUAUAAAAACAAUUUUCUUGUCAUCCACUUCUCCAUUCAUCUACCCGCUUGUGCUGUGCCCGAAAGUUUUUGUGACGUAUGAUCACGUGACAGCGGCUCUUCCGGUUGUAGAAAAUGCAUAUCGGAAGUCGAGCAGAAAUGCCAUAUAAUCAUCACGAAUAUAACGAUUUUGCUGAAUUUAAUAGAUGAUUUUGUAUUUGUUGAUACAAUUAAUUCAUAUUUUUAAUGGAAAGAAACUGAUAUAGCGUGCAUUUAUGUUUCAUGUCCCAUAUCCUUUAACCUAACCUGCAUGUCUUUGGACUGUGGGGGAAACCGGAGCACCCGGAGGAAGCCCACGUGGACACGGAGAGAACAUGCAAACUCCACACAGAAAGGCCCUCGCCGGCCACGGGGCUCGAACCCAGGACCUUCUUGCUGUGAGGCGACAGCGCUAACCACUACACCACCGUGCCGCCCACUCCAGAUCUUCCUGAACUGAAUUAUGAGUCAGAAGUGUCAUACAGAGAUUUCUGAGCACUCCCUGCUGGGAAUGGCCACAGCAUGCGGAGAAAUUCAACUGCACAGACUCAGAGACACACAGCACGGCAGGUGUGCUUUGGAGCGUGUCUUUUGCACUGAGCUGGGUCCCAACAGAUUAGCACUGUCACUGGACUGGUCAACAGGGAGAGGUGACAGCACUGACCCCCGGGUGGUGACCAGCGACUCGACUGGUUCUCUUAUGGUCUUGUCUCUGGCUGAGGAUCACCUGACUGCUGUGUCUCAGUGGAAAGCUCAUGACUUUGAGGCCUGGAUUUCAGCUUUCAGUUACUGGGAUACACAGCUGGUUUACUCUGGUGGUGAUGAUUGCAAACUCAAGGGCUGGGAUCUGAGGACGAGUCCAUCUUCCGCUGUAUUCACCAGUAAAAGGCAUUCGAUGGGAGUGUGUAGCAUACACAGCAACCCUCACCGAGAGCACGUCUUAGCUACAGGAAGUUACGAUGAAACCGUACUAUUAUGGGAUGGAAGGAACAUGAGACAGCCUGUCAGUGAGACGGCAGUGGGUGGAGGAGUGUGGAGACUGAAGUGGCACCCUGUUCACGAACACCUGCUGUUAGCUGCGUGCAUGCACAACGACUUUCACAUUCUUCACUGCCAGGAAGCUGCCGGGAAGCCGAAAAAUGGAAAUGAAGGCUCGUGCCCCAUCCUGGCAUCUUACAUCCUUCACAACUCGUUAGCGUACGGAGCCGACUGGUCACGGCUCCCCCUGAGCGGCCCUCCGCCCUCCUCGCCUCCUCCGGAAACACCAUCCAGCGUCGCCCCUUCAGAGCCCAAAGGCCACGUCAGGAUCCAGUACGAGUCCCCGACUGCCAGCUUCGACACCUCGCUGGAAGACGAGUGUGGAUGCUACAUCCCCGAUCACACCACCGCCGUCUCGGCUCCAGCUCCUGUCCCCGGCGUCGGACACGACCCAGCGUCUUUAUCCUGCCUGCUGGCGUCCUGCUCCUUCUACGACCACAUGCUGCACGUAUGGAGAUGGGACUGGAGUCCAGAGACUGAGGCGCGAUCGGGAGACACUGGGCCGACUUCCUCUUCUUGAACAGAUCUUUGGAUGGACACAGAAGAGCAGCUCCGGGUUCUUUUGAGAACAGACAGGGUAUUCUGGGAACUAAACAGAUACUAUAGCUAAUAAAUCUCCACCGAUUGGACUUUUUAUUUAUAUAUAUAUAUAAAUAUAAAAAAAGGUUUUCCCGUUCAGCUGGGACUCAAGAUCUUCCAGUCAUUUCCUCCACAUGGAAUAUUUUACAUACCUUUAUAUCAGCUGUUCAUAAAGCGCACACACAAAACACACAUGCAUGAAUACAAAUAUCAAUAAAUUACACUUGUAUAAUUUUUUUUUCUGUUAUUUACAGUGACAGUAUGGUGUGUGCGCACGCGCGCACUUGGCUUCCACUUUUUAUUUCUUGUUCCCAUUGAACGCAGUACAAACAGUAUGCUUAAACAGGACUCUUCUUUUAGGUUUGCGUCAGAAUUUCAGACCAUGAAGCAACUGGUUGUCACCUGAAAGGGCCCCAUGAGGAAACGGACUUCAGUAUGUGUAUGAUGGCCUUUAGCGUCUAUUUAGUAACCAUUUACUGAAGUACUAGGGCUUUUUUCUAGCCAGGGAUUCGUUAGAUGAUAAUUUAGUUAUGUAAUAAUAUUCUGGCUAUUUAUUAAAGCCAUAGUUUUUUUUUAUUCAUUACCUUUAGACAAACAGAACACUUGAGGUUUAAGUGGACAUUAUUUAGUGACUCAAAAAAGUUUCAUGAACUUUCAGUGGUGUUUUUUUUUGGUACGGACACGGUAUCUCCACCCCGUAGCAAACUACUUUUAUUCUGUUGUGGCAGCGGGGGCGUGGUCAAGCAUCGGUCUGUGACCGGAGGGCAGAGUCAGGGAAGGUAAGUGGCAGAAUCACUGCACCUGAUGUUAAUGUGUUUGUGUGUCUUCCCCAGUGACCGCUCCCUAUUUAAG